AUGCGGGAAUACGAGAAUGCGAAGAGAGCUGGCAAGGCCUCGUAUUUAAGAGAGCUGAGACGGAUGUGUCAUGUGGAGAUCCAAGGAGCAGGUCUUCUGAUACACCAGACAGCGCUCCUGGAACCCUCAGUCACAACUGAUGACCUCGAAGCCGCAGAGCAUCUCCACCUCGCAAAAACUCAACAUGAGCAGCAUAGCCCACCCCAGCACCAUGAAGGCCCUCGCUACGCCUUCCCAGUGGGCUCCUGCCGGGGUGCGCGAUGGUCUUCCCCGUCCCACACCUUCGCCCACCAACCUCUCAUCAAAACGGUCCACGCCGCCGUCAAUCCCGUUGAUAUUUUCGUUUCCGAGUUUGGACUCCUUGUGGAGUCCUGGCCUCCAGUUCCCGGCUGCGAAGCUUCCCGUAUCUUUGUCCGCGUUGGAGCCAAAGCGCGGAAUCCGCUCGGUCGCUACUUCAAAGAAGGCAAUGUUGUUGCAGGUUGUGCGAGAGUGUUAGCUGUAGGAAAUGUCACAUUUGCAGAGUAUUUCCUGCUUAAUGCAGGUGGCGCUUUCGAAGCCUGGGGGUUUGACGAUGACGGCAAUGGUGCAGGGGCAUGGAGCUGGGCUAUUGUGUUCGGUGGUGCAGGUGUGGUGGGCAAAUACGCGGUGCAGGCUUUGAAGUUGGCUGGAUGUAGAGUUGCGACGACUUGCUCGACAACUUCAUUCGAGUUGCUCAAAUCGCUUGGCGCACAUGCAACGAUAGAUUACCGGACGUCGCCCGAAGAAGUUGUCGAAGAAGUGAAGCGCGUAACGCAAGAAAAGCUCGAACUCGCCUACGACGCAGUGUCAGUGAAUAACGACCUCAUCUCCAAGAUCUUCACUGCUGUCCCUACUUCUUCCUCUUCUCAGCGCCUCUACACCACUAUGAAUGACUGGGAUCCUGCGCCCGAUGCUUCACUGGGUUUCAUCACCAAGUCUAUCGCACUGGGACCGAUCGGGCGUCCCUCUACUGCCGAGCUAAACAGCAAGGUGAACUCAUAG